AUGCCUCUCACCAGUCUCACCCUCAACAUGCCAGGACUUUCAGUGCUGCCCGAUUGUCUCGGGCAGUUGUCAGAGCUUCGGACACUCGUGCUGGACCUCUGGGGACUCACAGCCUUCCCUGAUUCCAUCGCUCUGGUUACUACACUUCGAGAGCUUUCUCUUAAGAAUUUCCAAGGAAUGACGACAUCUCCGACUGUCGAAUUCGGCCAUCUGGUUGCGUUGGAGAAGCUGUGCCUGAAGUGCCUUCCACAUCUCACUCACCUCCACAAAUCCCUUGGGCAGCUGACAGUUCUACGGGAGCUGAAAAUAGUGGAGUGUAGGCAGCUGCAGCAGCUCCCGGACUCCGUAUCACAGCUAUCUUCUCUCGAGCACCUGGAGAUUGUCAAGUGUCCGAAUAUCAAGGUGCUGCCAGAUGACAUGGGGAGCGGUCUGCACUGCUUGCGUCAUCUGCUUCUGCUGGAAUGCACGGCUCUCACUCACCUCCCUCCAUCCUUCUCCGGCCUCACGUCUCUUGAAACCCUCAAGAUUUACUUUUCGUCACACUUCAGGGGCGCCUUGUUAGACGGCUUUGGAUGCUUGAAGAGCCUCAAGAAGCUGUCACUCCAGCACAUGGCACGCCUAUCCGCCCUCCCUGCAUCCUUCUCGGGCGUUUCUUCACUCACCAGCCUGGAACUAAUCAAUUGCCCUAAGAUAACGGUCCUGCCUGAGGGGAUCGGAUGGCUGGUGGCGCUCGAGGUGGUCAAGUUAGGACGGAUGAACGGCUUGAAACGUCUCCCUCCGGCGCUUCUUGAGUUGCCGCGACUGCGGGUGUUGGAGGUGCAGGGAUGUGAAGGGCUGGUCAUGGUGCUAGGGGAUGAGAAUGAGCAUGAAUGUACCACUGGUGGUUAUUUGCCCAGCAACAGCAACAGCAGCAGCAGCAGCAGCAGCGCACUGCUUCCAUCCCUUCAGAGACUGAAAGUUAGGUCUAAAGAUGUGGAGUCCUUUGGUCCAUCCCUUGGUCGGCUCUCCUCUCUGACGCAACUGAAGCUUCUGGAGAUGAACAGACUUGAUUCUCUCCCUGACUCCAUCUCUCACCUCUCGCAUCUGCAAAGGCUGAAAAUUGAUUCGUCCUUUAUUCUGAAAGCACUGCCCGAGACCCUCGGAGGGCUUGCAGGCCUGCGUGUGUUGCAGCUGGUGUACCUCAUCUCAGUGCGGCGGCUGCCCGAGUCUCUCGGGCAGCUGAAGAAGCUUGAAACGCUGGAUAUCAUCGAUUGCUUCAAGCUGAAGCAGCUUCCAGAGUCGUUUGUGAAUUUAUCCAAGCUACGGUCCUGCACUCUUGUGAAGGUCGGUAUCUCCACCAUUCCAGAUGAUUUCUGGAAGCUGGCUUCCCUCCAGAAGUUGCUGAUUUUGGGACUGAAGCUUGUGAGAAGAUUGCCGGAUUCGUUCACGCAGCUGCCUAAGCUCGAGGAGUUGGAGGUGUCUGCGUGCACGCAGCUGACCCGUCUGCCGUCUUCUCUCAGGAAAAUGGCGAUGCUGCGUGUCUGCAACAUCAGUGAGUGCCCUCUGCUCUCCCAGCGAGAUAUGAGAGGGGUGAGUGCAGGGAGAGGUGAGGAGGAUGGGGAGGAGGGAGACGGAGAGGGCGAGGGGAGAGGGGAUGUGGAAGUGGAAGAGGGAGGUGGGGACGAUGUGGUGGUGGAAAUGGAAGAGGAGGAAGAUGAGGCAUGGGAGGCAGAGGAUACUGCCUUACGGUGCGCACACUUUUACUCUGCCCCCCUGUGGAGGCAAGCGGCAUCGGCGCUACCAGUACUGCGUGGCGGCGAGAAGCGCGAACAGCGACUCCACUGCGCCCGCCACUCCGCCCUUCACCCCUUCCGCGUCCUCCGCUUUCCGCCGCCUGCUGCUAUCGUCGCCCCCAGUAGGCCCCCUUUUCCCCGCUCCACCAUCCCUCGUGUCGUCGUCCCUCACGCCCGCCCCGCGUUGCCCUCUGCUGCCGCCAUCGUCGUUCUCUCCUUGCCGCUGCUCGGCCGAAACCGUGAGGCGAGCGAGGCUGCGCCGUGA